GUAAUGUUGAGUGUCGUGGUGAGUGUACGUCGACGCCAGGCUCCGUGUCUAAAUUUUUCUUUUUUCAAAUCUGUGAUGAAGUGCAUGUGAGAGCCACCAUGGUUUUUAUUUUUGUUUAGCCAUUAAAUGUCUGGGCUGUUGUGUAUAUUGAUGUGUCCAUUUUGAGAGAGAAAGAAAAAAAAUUAUAUAAAAGAAAGUUUUAUCUGUGAAUGAGAAGAGUUGCUUGUUAUUGAUAUCCCGCUUUUGUAUUAUCUCUCGAGAACUCUACGAAGAUCGACACGUUACUAAGAGAAAAAACUCCCACAGUCCCCACAGAGGGAAGGACGCACUCGAACUCUUCCAUCUGCCUCUUCCUCUUCGUGAAAUCUCUGAAAAUCGACCAGGAAAAUCUGCCCAGUGGGUGGUGUCUUCUAGUGUAAAAAAAAGCGAAGAAAAAGAUAUAAUAAACAGCCACCAGUUUGUGUGUAUGUGCGUGUGAACACUCGAAGUCAACACUACUCAUUCCAGCUGUAAACUGUGUGUGGUUUUCGAUCGCAAAACAAAUUAAAAAGAAAACAAAGUUGUUUUGGUCUCUUGGGGCCCUUUUGCAACCUCGUUUCUGCAGUAUUCCACGCAAACGCCUAAAAAACAAGCCCCUGGUCCCAGUUAUUCUGUAGCCCUGAGAGAAAUAGAGGCAUUCGAUUUCGCUUUUGACCGGCUGAGGAGGUUGUAGAUCAGCAGCUGGGGACUGAACCGAAUACCUUAGAAGGAGAGAGGAGAGGUGACGCAACGGAAAUUAUAGGACGCUUGCUCUUGUGCAAGGGAUAACUCUUCCACCGUAAUAUAAACCAAAAGUAUAUCAGUAAAUCACCUUAACUAAACAAAUAAUCCAGUGAAUAAACGAGUAAUGAAUAAGUAAAUAAACAAAUAAAUAUAAAUCUCAUAUCGACAUAAUCCCUUUAACCUCGCCCAAGCUCUUUGGCCGUGUGCGUAUGUGAUUGUGAGUGUGUAUAUAUCUAUAUAUACGCAUAGAUACCCACGCGGAGGGCGACCGAAAGAAGAAGCUGGUUUCCCAGACGGAGUCACUGAAUCUCCGUAAUAAGCCCAGGCGUCUCUACUUGGACUCAUGCAAUAAGGGACUUCCUCUGGCGUCCUUUCAGUUGAAGAGAUCUCAUCCGCCCGGUCUCCUCGCCUAGGACCAGUCAUUUCUCGCCAGUAACCAACAUUUUGGGACUCCUCUCACUGCAAGAAGAGGAGGGAGAAGAAGAAGGAGAAGAAGCAGAGGGCAAAAAAAAAGAGGAGUCAUAUCUAAAAACGGAGAGAGAGAGAGAGAGAGAGAGAGCAACUGGAAGAAGCCGUCGAGCGAGGAGGAAUCGAGUCUUGCCGAGCGAGCAGAAGGCAAGGCCCCUCGUCAGACUUGAGCUGCCACCUCCUGCAACACCACCUCCAGCACUAGCCCCUUUCUUCUCCACCUCCUCCUCCAAUACCUGUCCCCAUACUAGCCUGGGCUUGGCGCUCCUUGGGCCUAUCCGCUUUAGACUCCUCCUCGCACCCCUCGGUCUCAAUAGCAACAACAUCUUCGGCGGACUUCGCCACAGCUGCUGCUACUUCGUCUCCGGGUCCACUUCUUCCCCUUUCAUCUCUCUCUCUUCCACCAAAUCCUCCUCCUCCUCCCCCUUCCUCUCUUCUCGAUCUUUUUCAUACGCAUCUCCUACCCCAGCCUUCGGCAGCGGAUUGGUGUGGUGAGGAGGGCACUGCAGGGGAUGGUUGCUUCGAAGGCCAGAUAGCCGAGUGGACGCCCUUAGCCACCGUGGCCGGGGGGGCAGGGUGCGGGGUGGCCGAUGGCUUCUCGACUUACGUUCUCGUGUACCUGGUAGGUCGCUCUCUCCUCACGCCCAUCGCUGCCCUCCUGACUGCCGCCUCUCAACAAGCCUCAACCAUGCUUUUUGGUAGAGAGAUAAUCAGAUAUAGGGAGAUAGGCGAUGGCGUAGGUGGAUGGACAUCCUCGUUUAGAAAAUGUCGUCGGAAGAUAAGCACCUUGGUGACCUCCCCGGGCGAACGGGGGGGUGCAGGGUGCGACAAGACCGCCCGGGCGCUCUGCCGGGUGGGCGCCGCCGUCAACGUGGCUGUCGAUCGCUUCGUGACUGUCGGGGAAACUAUCGCCGAUGACAACCCAGAGAUUAAGGUCGAUAUGUACGAGGCGUGCAAGGAGGCCAGGGCUGCCGGUUUGGCCAUCGAAAAGUUGUGCGAGACAGCGGAGGCCAAUAUGGUAGACACGGGCAUCGGUGUAGGCGGAGUGAGCAGCGGCAGCCGGCCAGAGUACAGAGCCUCAAUGAUCAGAGCUGCGCGGUGUCUCCUCUCGUCCGUCACCCGAGUCCUCCUGCUGGCGGACACGGUGGUUGUCAAACAGCUUCUGCUUGCUAAAGAUAAGGUGACUCACAGCCUAUCGCGCCUGGAGAGUGUCACCAACUUCACCGAAUUCGUAAAGGCCUUCAGCCACUUCGGGGCAGAAAUGGUCGAACUGGCUCACCUGACGGGGGACAGGGCGGCGGACAUGAAGGACGAGAGGCGGAGGGCGCAGAUGGCCGCCGCCAGGCAAGUCCUCGAUCGCUCAACCAUGAUGUUACUCACGGCUUCCAAGGUGUGCUUGCGUCACCCCGAGUGCUUGACGUCUCGGGAGAACAGAGACACGGUUUUCUGCCAGAUGCGUAGAGCCAUGGAUCUCAUCCAUUACGUGGUGAAAGACGGUGUCCUGGACUCGGUCAAUGCCCAGGGGGAACCUAGGGUCAAUGGGCAAAGUCCUGCCGAGUCCCCCGGAACCAUUAGGGCGAGACAGGAGGACUGGGAUGCCAACCACACUAUGUAUGGGGCACUAAGGCACUUGGAGGAUUCGGUGGAAAUGACUCGGAUGACUUUAUGUGGCCCUGCUGUUAGAGAUCGACUGUGUCAGGCCUUAGAUACCAUAUGCGAGAGAAUGCAGGACUUCACAGACUCUGCAUACACCAGCCAUGAACACAGGGAAAAUAUCCUUUUGCUCACAGACAGAAUACGCCUUGAACUCAACCAGUUGUUACGGGUCGGGGUUAAUCUGGAACAGAAAGAGCCGCCUUCUCCCGGCGAUGAGUUAGAAACGGCUAUCAAUGCCAUGUUAGCAGCCACGAGAGACAUGAAGCACCAGUUACAAACUACAGCACUAGUACAGGCAGAAGAGCUCGUCCGGGGAGCUUGCGAGGAAAGUGAGCUGAUCAGUGCGCUAAAAAAUGCCGGUUUGGCCACAGAUCAGGAGAGGUUAGAUGAGUAUGCAGACCGCUUCUUAGAACACAUAGAACACAUACAGGAGGUCUGUAAAUUAUUACGGCACAUAGCCACGACUGACUCGUUGCAAGUAGCUGCCAAAUAUGGAGAGAUCAACUUGAGGAUCUACGGCCCUCAAGUCGUGACAGCCGCGCAGACUCUCUGCCUGUACCCGACUUCGAAGAUCGCCAAGGAGAAUGUGGAAGUGUUUGCGGACAUGUGGCUAAAUUUGGUGGGGGACGUCAAGAGCCUGACCAAGGACAUUAGCGACCAGAUCAUGGCCGAGAGUAAACCGCCGGAGAAGAAGGUUUAUAUGUCACUACCAAGACCAGGGGUUCAGCCGGUUGAAACUGGUUAUCUGACUUCCCCGCAGAAACAUGGUACCACCAGUAAGUCUCCCAAGCCGACAAAGCUCGACCAAGAGGAACAAGCCAAGCUAGCAAAAUCGGGUCUUGAUAUGAAGCUUAUGGCCUCUGAGGUGGAUCAAGAAACGGAGAAGUGGGAAGAACGGAUUACGCAGGAUGAGGACAACGAUAUCGUCAAAAGAGCCAAAAAUAUGUCCUCGAUGGCUUUCUCUAUGUACCAGUUUACAAGGGGGGAAGGAGCCUUGAAGACAACGCAGGACCUCUUCACACAAGGGGAAUAUUUUGCGGAGGAGGCCAACAGAUUGUACAAGGUGGUCCGACAGUUCUCAUACCAGGUUCCCGCGGGGCCUCACAAAAAAGAGCUGAUGGAACACCUCGAUCAGAUUCCAACUUACGUUCAGCAGCUUCAGUUCACAGUGAAAAACCCCACGGUUGGUAAGGCAGCCACGUUCACCAAGGUGGACAACGUCAUCCAGGAGACCAAGAAUCUCAUGAACGUAAUAUCAAAAGUAGUAACGACCUGUUUCGUCUGUGCUACCAAGUAUGAGCUGCGCCUGCCCGACCGUCUGGAACUCCCAACACUGGAAGAAGUUCGAGCUUCAAGCCUGAGCAACCCAAUUGGCCAGUACAACUUGGACUUCAGAGGACUUAGUCCGAGAGGAAGAGGGAAUUCUCCUUACCGUUCUGACGGGGACGACCUCUCAGGGUCCGGCAACAACUCCGCCACCGGCGCUGGAUCGGGGUCGGAGGGGAACAUGUGACAAUUCGGGAUGGCCCGGCGGGGCAAGGGAGACGCGCGUCGCACACGCGUCUCUUUCCUUCUCUUCUAAAUAUAUCCACGAUAUAUCUAGAAGAAAAGGACCCGCCCGGGCCGACGGAAGAGGAGGGCAGAGAAACGGCAAACAGCGUCGAACAUCAACAAGAAAGGAACGAAGACUCUGCUGUUCUGUCCAGCACACCACCACCACCACCACCAUCAUCAUUCGUAGCGUCUUGUGGUGGGUCUGAAAAAGACGUCUUGAGACUGACUGUCCUUGACGGAGAUCCCACCUGGUGAUGCCUUCAGAACUGAUCUAUGAAGGGUUCCUGGGAAGGUCGUCAGCAAAUCAAAGUCAUCUGAAAAAGUCAUCGGAAUAUUCUAGAUAUCAUUGAGGUUGCUAAGGCUUCCAUUUGUCAGUGUCUGUUUCACCCAUGGUGCUAAACCACUAAUUGUUGUUAUUGUAUAAAUCGCACCCAGGAUCCCUAAUUGCAAAUAUAGAUAUCAUUAGCAGCUUCGUGAGCACAAAGAUAUGGUUGCAGAUUAUAUAUAUACUACAUAUAUUAUCAUCCACUCUUGUUGUUAAACAACGUCUGCAACAUACAGACAUUCUGUAUUUACGACUGACCAUUGAAAGGAGACAGUAGCUUCAUAAUUAUGAUGUCUGGAGUCAGGUUACUCCCUGGAAGUGACUUGCUGAAGAAGACAAACAGAGUCAUAGUUUCUUUGCCCUCUUCCUCCCUCCCUCACUCACUCCCCCACCCCUCUUCCAUCCCUUUAUGUUUCUACUCCUGACUGGAAAAGAAGCAGAAAAAUUUGACAUCAUCAGUAGUCUCAGGUUCUUCAUUAUUUUAGCAGCAACAGAGUUACAUUUAUUCAUUUCCAAAUAAAUACUCAUAUUUAUGUAAAAUGUAUCAGAACUUAAGUUAAGAAACUACUUACAAAAAGCUUUGGAGAGGGAACUACUUACAGUAAAGAAUCUUCAAAAACUGAUCAAAGAAUGGCGUCAGUGGAACGUUGCUGCGAUGUCAUGGGUAUUAGAAGUUGGGAAUGUCCCAAGCAAUGGCAAUAAUCAACUAGGCAAAUAGAUGUGGGGUCACUCUGGAUAACUGCAAAGCUUAAUAGCCAUUAUGAUAAAUGGGUGGUGUCCCCAUUGCAGCUGAGGUUUGUUAUAUCAGUCGACCUUAUCGUAACCUUUUAUUGCUCUGUUGUAAAUGUCUGGAGCUUCUGCAAUCAAACGUAAUUAGGUUAUAUUUCCUUAAUUUUGCUCAGUCAACAAAGACAGAUUCUUCGAUGUCUUCUCAAUGGAUCCUUUCCACCAACCAGGAUCUCAGAGAUCCUCGAGACGUUACCUGUAAUACUCACUAAUUAUUGCAUUAAGUCUCCCUAUAAAUAUAUAUAGUAUAUAAAAAUAAAGUCUGUAAAAUGUGUAAAGUUUAAGAAUAUUCUGAUUAUGAACUCGUUUCAUGUUGUCUCAAAACUCAUUUAAAUGUGUAGAUUAUUCUUUUUUCUUCUUCUUCUUCUUCUUCAUAACUAGCUGGAAGAAAACCCGGAAACAGUUGGCGUUUGAAGAAUUGAAAGGGUAUAUGAUGGCUGGUCAUCUUAUUUCACUAAGGAAGGGCAUCCUCUGACUGAGCAUUGUUAUGGAAUAGGGUCAUAUGAGACCCUACUCUCAAAAGAUUAUAUUUUUGAGCUGAAUUAGUGUGCUUUAUGUAGAUAAAUAUCCAUAAUUUUUGUAUGAAAACCAAAAAAAAUGACAGACAAUAUUCUUUAUUAAACUGGUAAUCUUUGGCAAUUUUGUUAACUGAUUUCUGAUCGGAUAAAGGCAACCGCGGUUGCCAUGUUGAUAAGGGAAACUUCUUUUGCUCAAAAUAUGAAAGUAUUGUUGGAAGGUCCUACUGUCUUGAUCAUUGGUAUCUUCAGAAAAAUCAUCAUUCCAAAUGGUACUGGAUUCACUUGGGAACCUUGAACAGCCACCCAGUGUUUUCUCGUUAGCUCUGAAUCAUUCAUAGAGAUGGUUCACCAUAAAUAAAAAAGGGAUACACUCAUAUUUCUGCUUCCCAUAGGUCUUGUUACCUUCCAUGAGAAACUCAUCGCUCUAGGCCAUUACCUGAAAGAUAUUGAAGAAAGUAGAAUCUUCCCUCAGCAAGACAUCACUCGAAUAAGGUCUGUCAGUUUAUAAUACUCUGAUUUCAAGGUAAUAAUUGCUGUGUUUUCCUUGAGUCAUUCCAUCCACUUCUUGCCAGGUAGUGGUAUUCAAAUUAAAAAGAAUUUUUAUUUGAUAUGAAAUUUGACACAGUGCAUUCAAAAUUAUAGUAUUUCUUCUUUCUUAAAUGACAUAAUUAGCCUAUAAAAUGAAUGUUUUGAAAAUGUCUUACAUGAAAACCAAGUUCCAGGAAGAAAAAUAUUCACGACCUCAACUUCCCAGUGAGGCAUCUUGCCAAGUUGAUUCUCUCUAACACUUUCUUCAGGUUCUGGCUACAUCAUUGAUAAAUAUACAUAUAAAUAUACAUAAACUUAAUAUACUGUGUUGUUGUAGUAGGCGAGAUUUUUCAGGGUAAUAAUCGAUUUAGCUCUUAUCUUUGUUGAUAUUCUUUAGGAUUUUCUGUACAAAACAUUAUUUGUACAUUGAUAUGAACUGUUGCCGCUGACAAAGCCAUUCCAGAAGUCACAGGGUUACAUUGCAAAACCUUGGUAAUUUGUAAUAGUACCUCUGACUGAUAACACAGAUGUUUUAGGCUCUAGUCUACUGUACGAAUGGGGUGAAUAAAAUAAAUGGUGCAAGUGUCAGGUGCAUCUCAAGUUUGUUGAUGAAAAGACAUAUGUAAUAGAUAAUUUGUGUUAAACUUACUGGGUCAUUUUUGGCCUCUAUGUUGUGCUGACUGAUAGGUCGCAUGUUGUGACCUUCGUGUUUACAUCUGGGGUCAAAUUAUCAAGGUUUGAAUGUAUAGAUUGCAGAUUGUUAAGUUCUCACUCUCCUGCACCGAAGAAUAAUAGUUCUGUGAUAAGAAUGUGUAGGGGACGGCAUAGCCUGUGUAGUAAUUGUUUAUAUAGAGAGAUAUUGUAUGAUAUACAAAGUGAAAAAGCAGUUUUCCAUUCUUCUGAUAAGGAUCGUUGUUUAAACAAUGAGAAUUGGUAAAGAAAUAAAUCUUGGUUUAAUGGUAUACAAAAAUUGUCACAUGUGGCAUAAUUGUGAAAAAAUAAUGAUUAGACUGUGAAAUGUUCUGCAACUUCUCAGAUGAUUCAUUGUCUACAAGAAAUGUUUGAGCAUUCCAGCAAAAACCUCAUCCAGAGUAUUAAUAUCAGUUGCAUGUUUUUUUUCCUUCUCUUUUAAAGUUUGCAUCUUAACGACUCUCUCUCUCUCUCUCUCUCUCUCUCUCUCUCUC